AUGGCUGAAGUUACCUCUACUAAGCUCUAUCCUGAAAGCCAUCUCAUCUUGGAUCAACCACUCCUCCGUGUCCCCCAAGAACUUGCCCGGCGCAAUUUCAAGGCCGUCCAGCGAGCAGUUGAGCGAGAAGAUGCGUAUGUCCUUCCAGCCCUCAAAAAGGCGGCCAACGCCUCACUUUCCAAGACCAAUACGCCCGACCAGACACUUGCCGUUCUCGACGCCAUGAUUUCCCGCAUGCAGGGCUUAAAGCGAAAGAUGGAAAGCUUGCAAGAGGAGGAGAAGAAAAUUCAUGCUCAGUCCCGCAAACGCAUUCAGCACCUGGAGCUACUGCACCAGAUCCCAAGCUUGGCUGAUGUCAAGUAUGACCAAUGGUCGCGCGUACGACUGGAUCGGCUGUUAGUAGAUCACAUGCUGCGAUCGGGUUACUCAGAAAGUGCAAAGCAGCUGGCAAAGGAGCGAGAUAUUGAAGAUCUCGUGGACCUAGCGGUUUUCACCCAAUGCCAGCGAAUUGUCGAGAGCUUGCGACAGGGCGGGACAAAAGAUGCACUGCAAUGGUGCGCUGAGAAUAAAGCAGCGCUUAAGAAGAGCCAGCACAAUCUAGAGUUUGAGCUCCGGUUGCAGCAGUACAUCGAGAUGAUCCGGACACAGGACCCAUUGAAGAGAAUCGAGGCGAUUGCCCAUGCCAGGAAGUACCUCACUUCGAACCAAGAGAAUCAAAAUAACGACAUAAUGCGAGCUGCUGGGUUGCUUGUCUUUUCCCAGGAUACACGAGCUGAGCCGUACAAGACCUUGUUUUCAGUGGAUCGCUGGAACAGUUUGGCCGAUUUAUUCAUAAGGACUCAUCAUGAGCUUUUAUCGUUACCGUCACAGCCACUGCUUCAUAUUGCCCUAUCCGCCGGUCUCUCCGCGCUGAAGACGCCAUUGUGCCACUCAGCGUACACAUCAUCCAGUUCAAACUCACAGUCUACAACAACAUCAGUUUGUCCUAUUUGCUCCACGGAGCUGAAUGAGCUUGCACGGAAGAUGCCAUAUGCUCAUCACUCGAAGAGCUACGUAGAAAACGAUCCGAUCGUUUUACCCAAUGGCCGUGUCUAUGGUAAGGCGCGACUGCUUGAGAUUAGCAAAAACCUAGGAUCAGUCGAUCCAGGUCGGGUCAAAGACCCAACGACUGGCGAAGUUUUUUCCGAGGGUGAUAUGAAGAAAGUUUACAUCAUGUAG